AUGUGUGACGAGGAAGUCAACGUAGAUAUUGCUUUGUGGCAGUUUUUGCAAAUGCUGGACUCAAAUGAAAGGAAACAUUGGGUUCACCCGAUCAAUCAGAGGAGAGACAUUAAGAAUUAUUGUAGAUUAAGUGUCAAUAGUUUUGAAGUGUUGUUGGAACUCGUCGGAGACAAAAUUUUCAAAAAGGACACUAAUUGGAGAUGCGGCAUCCCUGCUGAAGAACGACUGUUAAUAACUUUAAGGGUUCUGGCUACUGGGGAUAGAUUUCAAUACGUCCAUUACAAUCUUCGUGUUGGUGCAACGACAGUCGGAAAAAUAGUAGCUGAGACAUGUACUUCUAUUUGGGAAGUACUGUCACCGUUGUAUAUGAUGGCUGAGCCUACACCUGAAAAAUGGGCGUCGGUAGCUGAACGCUUUGAAGACUAG